AUGCCGCCGACUACAUCAUCGAGUGAAAAGAAGUCACCCGCGUUGAGGACGCUGCAAACCAAGCUGAAGUCGUACCAAAAUAUGUUCAGGGAUAUCUGUAGGUUCGCCGAUUCGUUUGGAGUGGAAACUACAGCCAGCCAGGUGACGGUUCGACUGGAAAAACUUGAGGAGUUGUGGGAGAAGGUGAACGAUGUGAUCUUGGACAUCGAAACACAUGAAGACUUCGAAGCAGAGGAUGACGCCUAUGCUGAGCAACAGUUGGAGUUUGGAAACCGCUACUACCAGGUGAAGUCGGUGCUAUUAGACAAGGUCAAGGAGCUAGAAGAACCAGCUGUCCUGAACGCCUCCAUCCGAGGACUCGACAUGACACAACAACCCACCAUUGAGCAUGUGCGACUCCCACAAAUCAAGUUGCAAACCUUCGAUGGCAACAUUGAUGAGUGGUUGAGCUUCCGCGAUCUAUACACAUCGCUCAUCCAUUGGAAAGCGGAUUUACCGGAUGUCGAGAAAUUUCAUUACCUGAAGGGAUGUCUGUCAGGAGAAGCUAAGGCUCUUAUUGACCCACUGUCGAUUACAAGGGCGAAUUACCAGGUCGCAUGGGAGACGCUAACCAAACGCUACAACGACAGUAAACUCCUGAAGCGGCGUCAGAUUCAAGCGCUGUUUAAGUUGCCUAGUCUGGUUAAGGAGUCGGCCAACGAUUUGCAGUCUUUGUUAGAGGGAUUCGAACGUGUUGUUCAGACCCUUGAUCAGCUGGUACAACCCGCCGACUACAAGGAUCUUCUACUGCUAGACAUAUUAGCUUCGCGUCUAGACAGUGGAACCAGGAGAGCUUGGGAAGAGCAUUCAUCCACCAAGGAACAGGAUACGGUGAAGAACUUGACCAAAUUCUUGCAAAGACGGAUCAGAGUACUGGGAGCAUUGCCAACUAGAUCCGUUGAACCCAAGGUUGUCGUACCACAAUCGCAAAAGAAGCCAUUUGUAGCGCGCUCUAGCCAUAGCGUCGUACAAAAUACAGGAGGACGGUGCAUCGCGUGUUCGGAAUCCCAUCCUCUGUAUCAAUGUCCAGCUUUCCAACGUUUAGCAGUAUCCGCCCGCGAUAAGCUGCUCCGCAACCACUCCUUAUGUCGCAAUUGUUUCCGGAAGGGUCAUCUGGCUGCGUAG